GAUGUGAAAGUCAUCAUAGAGUUGCCUGAUCUAGUGCUGGAACUGAGCACUUAUGACCUUUCAAUCUGAACCUUGACCCUGUUCUCAGGUGAAUAGUAGUUGAAAUCGUUCAAAUAAAGCACUGUGGUAGUAAAUUUUUGUAAAAAAGCAAAGAGCAGAAAAUUGAACAGAAUAACAUUUUGAAGAUAUUCAGAGAAACUGCUUUAUAAGGCAUAGAGUGGAUUUAGUCUAAAACAUCACAGACCAUCAAGAAUAUGAUGCAGGUAAGUCAAGGCCCAGCAGGGGGCGCUGCCAUGAAACUCAGCACUCCUGACCCGGCCCCUCUCUUCUAUAAGCCCAGGCACCGAAAUGAUGUCAUCAUCAGGCGCCAACUCGUCAUUUCCGGUAGGGCCGCGCUCCGCUGCCUCAGAGCCACUUGAGGCCUCUGCUUCCUGCCCCACUGGGACACUUCCAGUCUUCUAAGGGACUUUUGGACAGUCGGCCCUUGCCCUUUGAGCCUACUCUGCCCCUCUGAGAAGGUACAGGUACUUCUGAGACUGUGGUUGUGUUCAAGUGCCCGCCAUGGCCGAAGCAUCUUCACAAGUGCGUCAGAACUAUGACCGGUGCUGUGAGGACGCCAUCAACAACCAUAUCCGUCUGCUGCUCCAGGCUUCCUAUUCGUACCUGUCGAUGGCCUUCUACUUUGACCGUGAUGACGUGGCCCUGGGGAAUUUCAAGCGUUUCUUCCUGAGCAAGUCACACAACUGCAAGGCCAGUGCGGAGAUGUUUGUGUUCAUGCAGAAUAAGCGUGAGGCAUGUUUUUCUGCCCAGCAUCAUGAAACCAGACCCUUGAAAGAAGUUGGCACGGGGCCUCCGAGCCAUGGAAUGCCUUCCAUGGAGAUGACCAUCAACCAGAGCCUGCUCAACCUGCACGAGCUGGCCAAGGGAAAGGAUGAUGCUCACCUCUGCGACUUCCUGGGGCAACACUGUCUGGAUCAGCAGGUCCAUGUCCUCAAGAAGAUGGGUGGCUACCUGACCAACCUCCGCCAGAUGGGAGCACCGGAACAAGGCUUGGCCGAGUACCUCUUUGACAAGCUCAGCCUGUCCUGA